AUGGUCAAGGCGGCCAAAAUCCUCCCUCCCGACCCCAGGCCGUGGAAGGCGGAACCCCAAAGCCGGAGACAACGCAAAGAGUUUGAAAAAGAAAACGGCGGCUUCGACUGGGGCCAAGCCUUUGCCCUCGGGCUCAUCGGCGCCACGGUCGUCUUCGGGAUCGACAAGUCGCUCAGACGCACGGAAGAGAAGCACGAAGAAGAAGACCGGCGAGAGGAGAGGCGGAGACAGAGACAGAGACAGUCGCGUUCCCGCCCGCCGCGGAGCAAUCCGAGCCAGGCCGGCUGGGAUCGAGAUCGUGAAAGGGACAGGGAUGAACGGAGCUUCCGUGACGAGAGGAGCGUCCGGGAUGAUCGGAGUGACAUGGAUUACUACGAUCAGGAUUGGGACGAGAGAGAGUACAAGUCGGUGAGGGAUUACGCACCUCCCGAGAGCGAACCCCCUGAGCCAAGGACGCGAAUGAGGGAGGGAAGUGCGAGGGAUGGCAGCGUUAGGGAUGAAAGGGAGUAUUUUCGUGCCGUUGACCAGUUUGAUAGGGAUUAUGGCUAUGGUCGGCGGUAUGAUGAGCACAAGCGCAGCCGAAGCAACCCAGCGUCUCGUUCAAGGGACUACUGGUGA